ACUCCAGCCUCUCAUCAGCAGAAACCUCCUUAUCGAUCCAAAGAUGGCUACUUUGAACUGCCCAUUUCACCCCACAAGCUGCACCAAGUCGCCGAGAACCAACGCCACCUCCAUCAUCUCGUGUUCAAUGCAACCUUCCCAAAACAACAUCAAGGAGGUGGUGAUCAACGGUGCAACCAAAGAGAUAGGAAAGGCCGCCAUCGUAGCAGUAACAAGAGCCAGGGGAAUGGAGGUGGCUGGUGCUAUAGAUACUAAUUUAGUAGGACAAGAUGCUGGAAAGAUAUGUGACAUGGAAGAAGCUUUGGAGAUACCUAUACUUAAUGAUCUCACCAUGGUUUUGGGUUCCAUAGCACAGUCAAAAGCAACUGGUGUGAUGGUGGAAUUCACUGACCCUUCAACCGUCUAUGAUAAUGUUAAACAGGCAGCAGCUUUUGGCUUGAGGAGUGUUGUCUAUGUGCCGAAGAUUCAGUUAGAUACAGUGACUGCACUGUCUGCCUUCUGUGAGAAAGCCAGCAUGGGUUGUCUUGUUACCCCCACACUUUCCAUUGGCUCUGUGCUCCUCCAACAAGCUGCAAUUCAAGCUGCAUUCCACUACAACAAUGUUGAAAUUGUGGAAUCAAGGCCGGAUCCAUUGGAACUCCCAUCAACUGAUGCAACCCAAAUUGCUAACAAUCUAUCAGAUCUUGGUCAGAGGUAUAACAGAGAGGAUAUUUCUACAGACAUUCCAGCAAGGGGUCAGGUAGUAGGUGAAGAUGGAGUCCGUGUACAUAGUUUGGUCCUUCCAGGUCUUCCUUCUAGUACAACAGUCCACUUCUCAGGUCCAGGAGAGGUUUACUCCCUGCGACAUGAUAUAACAAAUGUUCAGUGCCUUAUGCCAGGCCUAAUCUUGGCCAUUCGAAAGGUGGUGCGCCUGAAGAACCUGAUCUAUGGCUUGGAGAAAUUCUUGUAGCAACUGAUUUUGCUUUCAAAUCUGAGGGAAGAUCAAGGAAUUUCUGCCUGUUCAUGGCCCUGUCAGAUGGAGUGGAAACUGAUUUAUCCACUGGCCAAGGCACCAGGCAAACUCAGAAAAAAAAUAACUUCAAAUUCCACGCAAUGAUCUAUGCAUAGCAACCUCCAAAAUAUUUUUGAAUGAUGAUACCGUCACUCGUAAUUAUAAAAUGAUCCAGUUCUUACAAGUCAAAA